CAUCAGCCAACACCAGGGCCAAACGAGAUGGAGCGUUGGCAGGGACGUGUGGCAAUUGUGACUGGAGCGAGUGCAGGCAUUGGAGCGGCUAUCGUGAAACUUUUGGCGGAAAAUGGCAUGAAAGUUGUCGGAUUUGCGCGCAGGAAGGAGAGAGUCGAGGAGCUAGCUGUGGAAGCAAAGACUGCAGGAUUCAAGGGAGAAAUCCACGCGUUUGGCGGCGAUGUUAGAGUGGAGGACGACAUCAAACGCGCCAUUCAAUGGACCAGAGAGAAGCUUGGGGGCCCUGACGUUUUGGUCAGCAACGCGGGUGUCGUAGCAUUCAGCGGUUUAACCGAAAUCGGAACGGAGGAUUUAAAAAAGGUUUUGGACACAAACUUGGUCGGCGCUUGCAUGUUUACUCGCGAAAUCGUGCAAGACAUGAAGUCCAGGGGUGUCAACGACGGGCACAUUUUCCACAUCAACAGCACGGCUGGCCACAGCAUUCUCGACUUCCCAGGCACUUACGUCUAUGCGGCUGGAAAGCACGCUUUGAGGGUGGUCACCGAGGGGUUGCGGAGGGAGCUGCGUGACAUGGGGACGAAAAUUAGGGUUACAAGUGUGAGCCCUGGAGCAGUCAGAACUGAAAUCGGUUUGGCUGCUGGCGUUCCACAAGAAAUGGUCGAACUGGGCUACAAAUUGAGCGUUUGUUUGGAGCCGGAGGACGUAGCGCAAGCUGUGAUUUACGCGCUCGGCGCACCACCUCAUGUGCAGGUGCACGAGAUCACAAUGCAUCCCACGGGUGAAAAGCUGUGAUUCACGCGCGGCGGCAAUCAGUCAUGUAAAGCUGGAAUGUUUGAUUAAAUAAAUUCACGCCAGGGAGCAUAACUGAGCAAACUUUACCUUUGCAUUAUCGCCGGCACAAAAGGGAA